ACCGGAAGCGCACGGACGGAAAGCCGCGUGGCUCCGUUCCGCGAGACUCGAAAUCUUUCACCCGGGAGGGUCGGGCGGUUUGUUAUUGUUUUUCCCCCUCGUCUCGUUUGUUUUUUUUAAACCGGUCCACUGUUUGUUGAGAAACUAGAGAAGAUGGAAGAUGACGCCCCCGUCAUUUAUGGGCUUGAGUUUCAGGUAGGCAUUUUUUAUGGCACGAGCUUUAACACCACAGACUGCAGAAACUGAUGCAAUCAGGUUCCUGGUUGGCACUCAGUCACUAAAGUAUGAUAAUCAGAUUCACAUCAUAGAUUUUGAUGACGAAAAUAACAUUAUUAACAAGAACGUCCUUCUGCAUCAAGUAGGAGAAAUAUGGCACAUGAGUACCAGCCCUGCAGAUAAAGGUGUCCUGGCAACUUGCUACAAUAAAACUUCUGACAGUAAAGUCCUGACAUGUGCUGCUGUGUGGCGUAUGCCAAAGGAAUUGGAAUCAGGCAGUCAUGAAUCUCCUGAUGAUUCAUCAAGCAACCCGCAGACUCUAGAGCUGCUUUGUCACCUUGACAACACAGCCCAUGGCAACAUGUCCUGUGUACUAUGGGAGCCAAUGGGAGAUGGUAAAAAGUUAGCAUCAUUGGCUGAUAAUCAUGUUCUUCUUUGGGAUUUGCAAGAAAGCUCAAGUCAGGCAGUGCUCUCAAAUUCUGCAACCUUAGAAGGAAAAGGUCAAUUGAAGUUUACUUCUGGACGAUGGAGUCCUCACCACAACUGCACACAACUUGCCACAGCUAAUGACACAGUUAUUCGAGGCUGGGAUACUAGAACUAUGAGUCAAGUUUACUGUAUGGAAAAUGCCCAUGGCCAGUUGGUACGAGACCUUGACUUCAAUCCCAACAAGCAAUACUACUUGGCGAGCUGUGGAGAUGACUGUAAAGUAAAGUUUUGGGACACCAGAAAUGUUCAUGAGCCAGUCAAGACUUUGGAAGAACAUUCCCACUGGGUAUGGAGUAUCCGAUACAAUCAUUCACACGAUCAGCUGGUGUUGACUGCCAGCAGUGACAGCAGAGUCAUUCUUUCCAACAUGGUUUCUAUUUCAUCAGAGCCCUUCGGCCACCUAGUGGAUGAUGAUGAUUUAAGCGAUCAAGAAGACAAUCACAAUGAAGAAAAGAAAGAACCGCUACAGGACAGCAUAAUAGCCACAUAUGAAGAACAUGAAGAUAGUGUCUAUGCUGUGGAAUGGUCCUCAGCUGAUCCAUGGUUGUUUGCAUCUUUAAGUUAUGAUGGAAGACUGGUGAUAAACCGGGUACCACGAGCAUUAAAAUACCGAAUUUUGCUGUAAUUUUGCUGCACAAUAAAGUCAUGGGGUUGGGGGGGAUUUUUAGCAUUUUGACAUGGCUGGAGCAGGGGAAGCCCAUAGUGUAUGGUACACCCAGAAGUCUAGGUUUCUCUGCGUGAUGUGGAAUGUUAACUCCACAGCGUUGUGUCAUUCUUCAUUGACUUGUUCCCCACCUAGAAGUCACCUUGAUUGACAGGUCUGGCUUCCACUUGGCUGGGGUGCACUCCAGUGGAAAUCAUAAGGGGCAGGUAGAUACUAUCCAUGACCAUGGAGUGGAUAGGUGUCUGAUCCUAACCCUGGGAGGAAGGGUCCAACCUUUAACCAUGGGGUAGAGAGGGGGGAUGGCUUACAUGGGGGAAGGAGGAAGCACUCCUGUGAAGACACUUGCCUUUUUCCUGAGUCUAUCCUUCCCUCGCUGCUGCUGCUGCUGUUGCUGCUUGGGAAACCUGACUGACAACAGUUAAACUUACAAAACAGAAUAAACACGAGGCUUCCAGCCUCAUCAAUGUGUACAAAAUGUCCACUUCCUCUGAGUGGGUUGGCUGCCCAUCCCUUGACUCAUGGCUGCCCACCCCUUGUCCCACUUGAAUAAAACCUGGAUAUCAGUGGGUUGGAGCCAGCUUCCCAACAUGCUUCCAUUUUUUACCCAUUUAACCCCCCAAAUGUAUUCAAUUCUAUCUGUUCACCCAUGUUAAAAUUUGACCACAACCCCCCCCCCACCAAUUUUCCUUGUUUUGAACUAUUCAUGUUUUCUGUUAAAUCUGGAAUAGGAAUUGGUAUCGAGAUAUAAUAUAUCUCCUACAUUGCUGAGGAACAUUAGCAGCAAUUGUCAUAGAAAAUGUGUUCCAAAACUUUGGUUUGUGAAAUCAGUAAUUUAGACAAGUCAAUAAAAUUGAAUAAUUUUUCUGGUACACUUUCAGCACCUUUCACAGACCAUGCAAACUUUUCACGAUCAUAAGCCAAGCAUGUUUAAUCACCCGAUGAAUGGUUUUACAUCUUUCUCCCUAACCCCAACUUAAUUGAGUUAAAUAGCAGGAUAUCUAUCUAAACUUACACAUAUAACCUUGAUUGUCUGCUUUCCAUAGCAUGCUUCCUAGGUCCCAGUAGCUUAGGAAGCAUUACAUUCCAUACUCUGUUUAACUGUCUCUAAACUACUGAUCUAAUUUUGAAGAAGCUAUUUAUCUGACCUUUGUUAAAUUAAUUAACCGUGGUUAUGAUACAACUGAUGGCCUUUUUAAUGGGAAAUGCGACUUCAAUAUUUGGAUAAGGAACUCUAAUAAAGUUCUUGACAUUUAUGUGAA